CCGAAAAUACUUUUCACUUUCUUCCAAUCUCACGAAACCAUUUAAACUCUUUAAAUACUUAUACAGUUUUUGAUUCAUGCAACCCGGUUCUUUUCGCUUUUGCCCUUAUCAUGGCCAGUUUUCUAGCAUAUUUCUCUGCUAUCCUCUUUAUCUCCAUUCCGGUAUCAUCCCAACUCAAUGACAAUGAACUCUUUUUUCCAGGGUUCAAAGAUUUGAGCACCAACCUAACCUUAAGUCAAGCUGCAAAAAUUGAGAAUGAUGGCAUUCUUCGCUUAACAAACGACAGUGAGCUUUUACAAGGUCAAGCCUUCUAUAGCUUGCCAAUCCAUUUCAAGAACUCGACAAAUGGAGAAGUCUUUUCUUUCUCUUCCUCAUUUGCUCUAGGUAUCGUCUCUCCCUACCCAAAAUUUUGUGGCCAUGGCAUGGCCUUCACCAUCUCGCCAUCUAAAGAGCUCAGAGGUUUUCCAACUCAGUACCUAGGCCUCUUUAAUAUAAGCAAUAACGGAAUCGCUUCAAAUCAUUUAUUUGCCGUUGAAUUUGAUACAGUUCAAAGUCCUGAGUUUUACGACAUCGACGACAACCACGUUGGCAUUAACAUCAACAGCUUGAUCUCUAAUGAGUCUUCAACUGCAGCCUACAUCGAUGACAGUUCAACCAAAAAAAACUUGAAUCUCUGGAGUGGAAAACCAAUCCUGGCUUGGAUCGAUUACGAUGCAUCUGAAAAUUUGUUAAAUGUCACCAUCUCUCCAAAUUCUUCCAAACCAAGAUUGCCCCUCUUGUCUUUUAACGUCAAUCUUUCACCAAUAUUUCUUGAGUCCAUGUAUAUUGGCUUCUCUUCUUCAACAGGUUUUGUUACUGGUUCUCAUUAUAUUUUAGGCUGGAGUUUUAAAAUCAAUGGACAAGCUGGAGCUCUUGAUCUCUCUUCGCUUCCUUCAAUUCCGGACAAGAAAAAGCUGACAGGUGCUGCAGCUCCUGAGAUAUUGAAAUGGACGGGGAUUUCACUUGCUAUAGUGGUUGGAUCAAUCGUUAUACUCGUCGUGGGUAUCUUUUUCUUCAUUAGAUGGAGAACAUUUCGACUAGAAGCAAAGUUUAUGUUUGACUUAAUGAGUGAAGCAAAGGAGCUUGAGAUCGAUGGAAAGAAAGGCGCCAAUUUGAAAGUAUAUAAAGUGUCAUCCAUUAUGCUAGCUACAGAUAAUUUCUCAUCUGAAACUAAACUUGGAGAGGGUGGUUUUGGACCUGUUUACAAGGGUUUGUUGCCUGACGGGCAAGAGGUAGCAAUAAAGAGGCUAUCAGGAAGAUCCAAACAAGGCCUAGUGGAGUUCAAGAAUGAGCUUAUAAUUGUAGCUAAGUUACAGCACACCAAUCUGGUGCGGCUCUUGGGUUUCUGCAUUCAAGGGGAAGAGAAAAUAUUGGUCUAUGAAUACAUGCCAAAUAAAAGCUUGGACACAUAUGUUUUUGAUGAAUCUAAAAGGAAGUUGUUUGAUUGGAACAAAUAUUUUAACAUCAUUGAAGAAAUAGCUCAUGGACUACUUUAUCUACAUAAGUAUUCAAGACUAAGAAUAAUUCAUAGAGACUUGAAAGCCAGCAAUAUAUUACUUGACAAAAAUAUGAAUCCCAAAAUAUCUGAUUUUGGUAUGGCUAAAGUGUUUACCACAACUCACUCUGAAGCAAAUACAAAUAGAGUUGUGGGCACACGUUCUACUUUACAAAUGAAAUCCAGUGGUUAUAUGGCUCCUGAAUAUGCUAUAGGUGGCAUCUUCUCUGAGAAAUCUGAUGUAUUCAGUUUUGGAGUUUUAAUUUUGGAGAUCAUAAGUGGUAGGAGGUCCAACAACAACAUCUUUUAUGAUGGUCAACCUCUUAACCUCGUUGCAUAUGCAUGGCAGUUGUGGAAGGAAGGUGUAGCCAUAGAACUAAUGAAUCCAACACUACAUGAUUCAUUUUGUGAAGACCAAGUUUUGAGAUGUAUUAACUUGGCCUUGCUUUGUGUUGAACACAAUCAAAUGGACAGACCUAUCAUGUCAGUUGUUAUUUCUAUGUUAACAAAUGAAGGAGUAAAAUUACCAGUGCCAAAGCAGCCUGCAUUUUCCAUUGAAAGAAAGAUUGCUGUGGACAAUGCGAGUGGAAUAAGCAGGGCAGAGAAUACAAUAAAUAACUUAACUAUAUCUGUAAUGGAUCCACGAUGAAGACUUUUUUCUUCGUACUCUACUGAGUAAGGUGAAUUGUAGUAAUAAAAGCUCUAUUUUAUUCUUCCUUUCUUGCCAUUGUUUCAGUGUAUUUCUAGUUAAAGUCGUGCAUUUACUGGAUUUAUGAAGCUUUCCGACUCAUAAUAAUGAAAGAUUUGAUGGUGGAUCUCAUUCUUAUGUAGUUCUGAAUUCAUUGGAAUUUCCAGGAUGAUAUA